AGAAAAUGGUCACAAAAUCUGAGCGGAGUGGACCUUCCUAAAAGCAAUACUGCAAAGUGUUGCUGCCCUCUACGUUCGUUGGUUCAUGGAUAUACGCGUGAUGGGUUACCUGCAUGAUGAUGAUGAAAUGUAGGCUUAGUGGACAAUUUAAUUUCAUCUAAUGCUUCUUCAAUUGUCACAAAUUGGUUCAGCUCAUCUCAUGUAGAAAUUUCACCAUGGAUUUCAAAAGUGAUUCCCGAUUUGCAGCUGUUGCCAAAGACCCUCGCUAUCGGCAGGUUCCAAAACUUGAACGAAAAGUUAAGAUUGAUAAGCGUUUCCAGGGCAUGUUCACAGAUAAACGAUUCAAGUUGAAAUACUCGGUGGACAAACGGGGUCGCCCAGAAAAUCAGACCUCCAAGGAGAAUCUGAAGAAGUUUUACGAACUGGAGGAAGAUGAGGAAGAGGCGAUAAAAGAUGUGUCAGAUGAAGACAGUGAGAGAGGUGAAAGUACAGGGAGACAUUGUCUAAAGAAAAAGCAGACAAGGAGGAGAAGUGGUCGAGAAGUUCUUUUGGCUUUCAAAAGGAGAAAAGCUAGGUUAUCUACUUCGGAAGACGGAGAUGAUAAAAUCAGUGACACAUUCACAAAGAAAGCGAUAGCCGAACCCAGUUCAUCCAGAGACCAAUGCAGAUUGAGAAGAGGUGACAGGUUAACUAGGAGUGAAGAGGAUGAUUCUGAUAGUGAAGAUGAUGAAAGUGGGCUUGGCAGUGAUGAUAUUCCUGAAAAGAGAUUGAGAGGAACAGACUCUAAGCCCUCAUGGCAGAAGCAAAUGGGCGUCGACUUUGCUCGCGGUGAAGGAAACAUUGAGACAAGUUCUUCCGAAUCUGACACGGAUGACGAGGUGGCCGUGACUUCUGCACAGGGACCUGUCAUUGAUGAGAUCUGCCACAGCUGGGGUGAACUGGAUGCAGAAGCUCCAAGGGAAGAAGCUACAAGUAGCAGAUUAGCUGUCUGUAACAUCGAUUGGGACUGCGUUACAGCCAGCGACCUCUUUGUACUUCUCAACUCGUUCAAGCCUUCUGGAGGAGUUCUUCAUUCUGUGAAGAUAUACCCCUCCGAGUUUGGCUUGGAGCGGAUGCGGGAGGAGGAUGCUAAGGGUCCACAGGAGCUGGUAGAGAAGGAUAAGAAGAAGGAGAAGUUGAGUGGGAUCCAGCAGGAGCGAUACCAGAGGGAGAAACUUCGCAAGUAUCAGAUGCAGAGGUUAAGGUAUUACUAUGCUGUGGUCGAUUGUGACAGUGCUGAUACAGCCAAUGCUAUCUAUGAGCAGUGCGAUGGCAUGGAGUAUGAAACAAGUGCAUCGAAACUAGAUCUCAGGUUUGUACCAGAUGACACCACCUUUGACCUUGAGCCUAAGGACACAGCCAGCGAGGCCCCGGACGCCUCUCAGUUCAAACCCCUAGAGUUCCAGACGACUGCCCUGACCCGGUCCAGCGUCCAGCUAACUUGGGAUGAAAAUGACAAGAGGAGGGCUAAGGAGACCGAUGAACUCUUCAAGAGCAGGAAGAAGAUGGAAGAGAUGGAGUCUCAUAUCCAGGCAUACCUAGCAUCAUCUAGUGAGGAGGAGGAGGAGGAUGGUAGGAAGGAUGGAGGUGAAGAUGAUUUAAAUGAAGAGGGUAGUGAAAAUGACAACCCUGAGAGCGAGAAGGACCGUAUCAACAAAUACCGGAAUCUUCUGAAAGGCAUAGAAGAGAAGGAGAAACAAGAUGGAGAUAAAGAUAUGGAGAUGGAGAUUUCAUGGGAACCAGGGCUAAAGGAAUCCACACAAGAAAUAGUGAAGAAGAAAGCAGAAUCCACAGAUGCUACUCCAUGGGAAAAAUACUUGGAGAAGAAGAAGGAGAAAAAGAAAGAACGUAAGCAGGAAAGAAAGAAACUGAGAGCCCAACAUGAAAAUAAGUCUGAUGAAAGUGAAGAACCAAUGCAGGCUUUCAGUGACGAUGAACUCCCAGAUGAUGUUGAUCUGAAUGACUCUUUCUUCAAGGAUUCUCUCAAGGAAAGCAAAUCAGGUGGAAAAAGCAAAAAGAAGGGCAAGAAGGAAGAAGUCAUGAAAACGGAGGAAGAAUUGGAAGAAGAGAAGCAAAGGAAGGCUGCUCUUGAAUUGUUAAUGCUGGAUGAAGAGGAUGAUGGCAGGCAGCACUUUAACCUUAAGAACAUCAUGGAGAAUGAGAACAUGACAAAAAGCAAACGCAAGAGGCAACUGAAGCAACAGCGUAAGCUUGGCCAGCAGGAGGAAGCCCCAGCUGCCGUCCAAGACAACUUUGAGAUCAACACAGCAGACCCUCGAUUCGAUGCCCUGUUCACAUCACACGAGUAUGCCAUCGACCCGUCAGAUCCUCAUUACAAGAAGACCAAAGCGAUGGAGACAUUGAUCAGUGAGAAACAGAAUAGGAGGGAGAAGAGAGAAGUGGAAGAUGAAAAAAGAACUGUGGAGAAAAAAGAGAAAAAGAUGGACGUAGAGGUUUCACAGCUUGUCAGAUCUAUCAAGAAUAAGACGGAGCAGUUUCAUUCAAGAAAGAAACUCAAAACUGAUGCAUGACAAAAUAAGGGCAACUCAGACAUUGAACAUUUCUAUGUGACAUAAGUCUCAUCAGACAUGAAGCAAUUUUUACUAUCCAACUUGAAGCUGCAAAAAGCUGCGGACCUAUCUAAUUCUUGAGAAAAUUAGCACUGAUAUAACGUGGGCUUGUCUUUGCACUUUAAGACAAAUAUCUAUAUUUGAGGGUUGAUGCUUAUAACAAGCAUUUAUUAACAGAUGUGAGAUGACUUUCCUUGAAAUAUUUUGAAUAAGGGCCAUGAUAUUUAAUAAAUGUAUUUGAGAAUGAUUUUAUAAGUGUCCCCUCCCCCACACCCGUUCCAAGGUCUACUACGACAUUCAUUCAUUCUUUUAAACUGCAUGAAAAUUGAAUUGAAUUGAUGCAGCUUUUUUUUACUCAAAAAGAUGUGCUUUGUGAUGCCAUUGCAUAUGAAAAGCAAAUUAUUUUAGAUGUAGACCUUUCAUUGGUUACUGCAAUUGACUGCUGCAUUUUGACAUUCAACAUUAAAGGGGAAGUUCACCCUGACAAAAAAGUUGAUUGUAAAAACAGCAAAAAAAUAUUGGUUUGAGGAAAAUCCAUCAAAUAUUUAAAAAAAAAAAGGUUAUUAGUGAUUUGUGACAUCACAUGCAAGCAGCUUCCACAUAUGUGAAAUAAAAAAAAGCAGUGAAAUGUAAUUUUAACCAAAAAAUGAACAGAUGCAUUAUUUCACACCCACUCUUGAAAGAAAAAGGUAGUCUUAAACCAUUAAAAAAUUGAAAUUUAUGCAUUUUUUACAACAUAUGGGGGAGCUUGUUGUAUAUGAGGUCACAGGUCAAAACCUCAAACUUCUUAUAACUUAAUCUUUGAUGGAUUUUCCUCAAACCUUCACAUUACGGUAUCUUUUAUUAAUAUUUGUAGUAUUUUUACACCAAACUUUUCUUCAGGGUGAACUACCAUUUUAAUCAUUACAAAUGUGGUGCAUAUUUAUCUACUACUAGGCUUAGGUAAUUCAUGUAUAUUGAUACUUUGAGUCCAAUGCCCCCAAAAUAACCUGGGAAUGUGGUGUAUAUGUAUCAUAAUACUGUAAUCAAAUAAUGAUCAACAUGCUCAACAAAAUCAUGACUGUUUUCAUGAACUGUUCCAUGAGGGGUUCAGAAACCAGUUUCAGAUAAAUGCAUUUAGCUGUCUGUCUGGUGACUGUACAAAGUAUUGAAUUUGAUUUUCAUUACCAUGAUAGUACAUAAUCUAAUGAAUGGAGUAUGACUACUAAAGAAACUGAACUUUGGCGAGACAGCUGUACAUUUGGCAGUCUAGUUUAAAAUAUAUUGGAUCCUGGGACGCUUUGUUUAAUUAUGAUUCAGUAUGAAAUGUGCAUAAAUUCUGCAGAUAAUGGUACAAAACUUUAGAACGUUUUUUUUUAAUUGGUGCAUGUAGUUUCCUACAGAUGGAAAAAUGAAAUUGUGAUUCAAAUAAAUUUGCAGAAAUUAUAAUA